AAUAUUAUUUUUAUAUGGUAUCUAUAUUGUGUGUACACAAAUAUGCAUUGUAUUUUUAUAGAUACAAUGUAUGCAUAUAGAUUUCUUCUUUUUUGAAAGAGAACAACAUCACACUAUAUAUGUCCCAUAUAAAUAAGCUGCGAUGCUCCUCUAUAGACACACCAAGCUUACCACAGUAACAACACCCUCAAAAAAAGAAGAAAACCCUUCUUGCCAUUUAUAUCAAUGGGCAACGAAACACAAACCAAAACCGGGUUCAAGUUAGUUGGGUUCAAAAAAUUCAUCCGAACCAACCCAAAAACAGACCGUUUCAAAGUAAAACGCUUCCACCACGUGGAAUUCUGGUGCACCGACGCAACCAACACCGCACUUCGUUUCUCUCAAGGACUUGGUAUGCCAAUCGUCGCUAAAUCCGACCUGUCCACCGGAAACCUAAUUCACGCUUCCUAUCUCCUCCGCUCUGGCGACCUCAAUUUCCUCUUCUCCGCCCCAUAUUCCCCUUCCAUUUCUCUCUCCUCGCCUUCCUCAACCGCCUCCAUUCCCACCUUCUCUGCCUCCACUUGCUUCUCCUUCUGCGCUUCACACGGCCUUGCCGUUCGCGCCAUCGCUAUUGAAGUCGACGACGCAGAACUCGCCUUCACUGUCAGCGUAAACCACGGCGCACUUCCAUCAUCUCCUCCCAUCGUUCUCGAAAACGGCGUCAAACUUGCUGAAGUUCAUCUCUUCGGCGUCGACGUCGUUCUACGCUACGUCAGUUACAACAAUCCAAACCUGCUGUUCCUCCCUGGUUUCGAAUCCCUUUUAAAUGAAUCAUCUAACUCAUCACUAGAUUUCGGAAUCCGGAGACUAGACCAUGCCAACGCAAACGUUCCAGAGCUUGCAUCGGCGGUGAAGUACAUCAAACAAUUCACCGGUUUUCACGAGUUUGCUGAGUUUACAACAGAAGACGUUGGAACGAGUGAGAGUGGUUUGAACAAUGUAGUACUAGCGAGCAAUGAUGAAACUGUGUUGCUUCCGAUAUGCGAACCCAUUUACGGAACAAAGCGCAAGAGUCCGAUAGAAACAUAUUUGGAACACAAUGAAGGUGCCGGGUUUCAGCAUUUGGCUUUGGCGUCUGAAGAUAUAUUCAGGACAUUAAGAGAAAUGAGGAAGAAAAGUGGUGUUGGUGGUUUUGAGUUUAUGGCUCCUCCUCCAGUGACUUAUUAUCGGAAUUUGAAGAAUCGUGUCGUUGAUGUUUUGAGUGAUGAACAGAUUAAGGAGUGUGAAGAGCUUGGAAUUUUGGUUGAUAGAGAUGAUCAGGGUACUAUUCUUCAGAUUUUCACUAAGCCUGUUGGAGAUAGGCCAACUGUAUUGAUAGAGAUAAUUCAACGAGUUGGAUGCAUGCUCAAGGACGAGGAAGAGAAGGAGUACCAAAGGGGAGGAUGUGGGGGCUUUGGGAAAGGCAAUUUCUCAGAGCUUUUCAAAUCCAUUGAAGAAUAUGAGAAGACUUUAGAAACCAGAAGAACUGCAUAAUUUAUGUUGUCAUCUUUUGUGCUGCUCCUGCUUUUCCAACAAAUCAUUUAAUUGGUGCUUGCAAUGUUCAUCUUCAUUGGUCUUUUCAUCCUUUCUAGAGCCAUAAUAAUAAUAAUAAUAAUAAAUGUUUUAAAUAACAUCUACUAAUGUUGUUUUCAUUUUUUUUCUUCUUCGUAUCACAUGAUUGGGUUGACAUACACUUUGUGUGAAUUUAUUGGGUUAGAUCUAUGUCCCCCAAUUUUUGUUUUUGUAUUUCCUUUUUACUUUUUUUAAAAUAAUAUAUAUGAGCACCUUGAAAUCCACAUUAUAUGCCAACUUA